CAGUGCACUCUGGGGAAAAUGUGGAGAAUUUGAUUGUAGUUCAUUCAUGGGCACUGCGGUGGGUCCUACGGAAAACGGCGGAAUUUGUGUAGAUUUUUAGGACACUGAACUUUCUAUAGUUAAACGUCGAACUUGAAACCUUGCUCAACCUCACUGGGACAGGCUGGGAACCCGAGGAGUCGUUUACAUUAGUCUGCCUUAUUUCAAGGCCCAGAAGCCGCGGAUCACAGGAGUACCACAGCCCGCCAUAGAGGCUGAUCUCCUGGGGGACGUCUCACCAAUGCAGUGCUGAUCGGUUUGCCAAGCAGUCGAAAUUUGUGGAUACAGUAUUUUUCGUAGUGAGAACAGUUCUCAGGGACGAUGUCACACUCCGGGGCUCCACCUCGGUGGCGUAAUUGCCCAAGAAGGGGUCAACCUGUGGCAGCUAAAUUCUUGCCAAUGAAAACAAUGUUGGGGCCAAAAUAUGACGAAUUGGUCCCUGAAGAAUGCCGCUUCCACCCCAGCAUGCUGUCCAAUUAUCUGAAGAGUCUGAAGGUCAAAAUGGGAUUGCUCAUUGAUUUAACGAACACAACUCGAUUUUAUGACCGAAAUGAAAUUGAGAAAGAAGGCAUCAAAUAUGUGAAACUUCAGUGUAAAGGGCAUGGUGAAUGUCCCACUGCAGAGACCACAGAGAUGUUCAUCAAACUAUGUGAACACUUCAUGGAGAAGACUCCCACUGAACUAAUUGGUGUCCACUGCACGCACGGCUUCAAUCGGACGGGCUUUCUGAUCUGCGCCUACCUGGUGGAGAAGAUGGACUGGAGCAUCGAGGCGGCGGUGGCGGCCUUCGCCCACGCCCGGGCCCCGGGGAUCUACAAGGGCGACUACCUGAAGGAGCUGUUCCGUCGCUACGGCGACGUGGAGGACGCGCCCGCCCCGCCCGCCCUGCCGGACUGGUGUUUCGACGAGGAAGAGGACGGGCCGGACGACGACGACGGGAACGUGAUCGGGCCCGACUCCGGGCCCAGCUCCUCCGCCUCGCUGCCCGGGAAGAAGAAGAAGGAGCGGCUCAAGCUGGGUGCCGUUUUUCUGGAGGGCGUGUCGGUGAAGGGAGUCACGCAGGUCACCACUCAGCCCAAGCUCGGGGAGAUCCAGAGGAAGUGCCAGGAGUUCGCCGAAUGGGAGAAGUCUGGCUUCCCAGGUGCACAGCCGGUGUCCAUGGACAGGAGGAACCUGCGGUUUUUGGAGCAGAAAGCUUACAAGGUCAGCUGGAAGGCUGAUGGCACACGGUACAUGAUGCUGAUCCGUGGGAGAAAUGAGGUCUACAUGAUUGACAGGGACAAUUCUGUGUUCCACAUAGAGAACCUGGAGUUCCCCUUCCGGAAGGAUCCUCGGGUUCAUCUCUCCAACACAUUACUGGACGGGGAGAUGAUCAUCGACAAGGUGAACGGACAGCCAGUUCCACGCUACCUGAUCUACGACAUCAUUAAGUUCAACGGUCAGCCCGUGGGCCAGUGCGAUUUUAACAUCCGACUACUCUGCAUGGAGAAGGAGAUUAUCUUCCCCAGACAGGAGAAGAUGAGGAACGGACAGAUCGACAAAACCAAGGAGCCCUUCAGCGUCCGGAACAAGCCGUUCUUCGACAUACACGCGUCCCGAAAGCUCCUGGAAGGCAGCUUCACCUCCCAAGUCAGUCAUGAGGUGGACGGACUGAUCUUCCAGCCCAUUGGGAAGUACAAGCCUGGUCGAUGUGAUGAUAUUCUCAAGUGGAAGCCCCCUAGCCAUAACUCGGUGGACUUCCGCCUCAAGAUCACAAAAGUGGGCGGAGAAGGGUUGCUCACGCAGACGGUGGGACUGCUCUACGUCGGCAGCUACGACAGGCCCUUCGCGCAAAUGAAGGUGUCCAAGGAUCUGAAACAGUACGACAACAAAAUCAUAGAGUGCACCUUUGUCAACAACACCUGGGUUUUCAUGAGACAAAGGGUAGACAAGAGCUUCCCAAACUCCUAUGAAACGGCCAUGGCUGUGUGCAACAGCAUCCAGCAUCCGGUCACGAAGGAAAUCCUCUUCGAGUUCCUGGACCAGAGCGCCCUGGGGGCCCCAGGGCAGACCCGGAAACAAUCCUCGGACCCAGACGCCGAGCUCAUGCCACCACCGCCUCCAAAGAGACCCAACCGGGCCGCGCCAUAGCGCAUCUCAAAGAGGGGGGUCCGCGGGGGUCCAAAUGAACUGUGCUGGCGUGAGAAGAGGCCUGCUCCCCCAACAGUCCUCCCCUGGAAAAACUGACAUUUAAAAAAUCCCACAAUCCCACGGCCAUUUGUUUAUCUGCCUGUUCGUGGCCGUAGUUAUUAUUUAAAGAGGUGAGACCAACAUACAUAGACCCCGUUAGUCAUCCUGUUAAAGGUUACCCCUUGCUUUAAUUACCAUAGCUUGUUCUUAUUAAAGAUGAAUAGAUAAUGAUGAACAUUGUUUUUUUAUUUAUUUAUUUUUGAUUUCUUUUUUUUUUAUCUCACCAAACUGCAGCAUUGUUUAUAGAAAAACAUCAGCUCUCGUAAGUGAAAAAGCUCCGGUCUAUGCAGAACUUGUAAAUCCUGUUUUUCUUUUUUUUCUUUUUUCUUUUUUGUUUUUUUAAGUGUCAGGUGGAGUGAUGCCUGUUGGGAAGGAGAGACUUGGUCCUCUAAUGAUCCUAUCUUGCAGUGAAGAAAAGUAAUUUUCUCAUGAUAAUGUUUAUUAGAGCAGAGAAUUCUCCCAUGAAACGCAGUUAGGCACCUGGAGUCACGUAGGCCUGCAGCAUAUUUAUCGAGCUUUUCACAGCGCAUCGCUUUCUGUUCGUGCCGGUUUGUGUGCACUUCGGAGAAAGGCAACUCCCUUCGCUCUGAUUGGCUUUCCAUUCGCGAUAAUUCCUAUCAUCUCGCGGCCUCCAAGACCGCGCAUCAUGGGAGUGCAGGUUUAUUUGUUUUAUACGUGUAUAAAUCACUCUGUUUGACCGCCGACCUGGUUUUAUAUUGCUUACUUUUAUUAACCUCGCCUCGACAGGGUUGCGUUUGACUUGUUCUGUCUCUGUCUGUCUGUCUGUCUGUCUGUCUGCAUCAGGGGUGCAGUAAGGAUUUUACCCAUAGGAGUUGAGGUUGCAUUAAAGGGGCAAGGGUCUGCAAUCUGUGAUUGCACUUGUCAAGAAUGUCACGGCCCCACACGCCGUCUCUUACCUUCAUAGAGUUUGGUUAUUAUUUUCUUAAAAUGUCUUUUUUUUUCCUGCUUUUGUUGUUUGAUGUGAAACAUUAAAGCAAUACGUUUCCAGUUUA